AACCUGAACGUGAAGUUGAAGCUGGCUUUGCAGCACCUUUGGAGUUUGAAGAGAAGGGCCACAUAAUGGCUGCCCUGAGCAGAACGUAGGCUCUUGCGUAAGGCGUGUUUUUCUCAGGUUUUUGAUACCCUGACUUUUCUCCUACGAGUUGGUCAGCAAUGGGGAUGGCUAAGCUGUCUUCUGCAUGCAAUCUGCCAGCUGUCCACCAUGCAGCUAGCUGGCAGCCCGGCACAAUGCGGCACACAAUGGCGGGCUCCGGCACCACUUUGCAGCCCUGCCAGCUGUCCAUCUGCUUAGUCAGCAAAGCAUCUUCUGACUCAGCUGGCUUGAGAUAUGCCAGGCUGGCUGGCAGGGAAUGGCACCCGUUGGCGGCUUCCGGCGGUGCACCAUAUAUAAGGUGCUCCAGAGGGCUUUUUCCAGCAUUCAGAAGGGGGGAGUACAUCGAUCUGCAGAACCUCAGGUUAGGGGAGCUGGAGGCGAGGGAGCGCAACUUUCUGUGGACGCCUGGGUGAAUGAACACGGGUGGCCCAUCUAGAUCUCUACCGAGUGUUCUCACAAGCAGCGUGCCGCUUGCAGCGCUGAAGUAUCCCUCUCUCAGGACGGCUGUGGGCCAGCGCAAAGUUGGCAAUCAGCAUGCAUAGUGCCGAUCCACAUAGCCUUCAUUGCCAUGAGUGCGGCACCACCGCGGAGUAUGGGCUUCGUGGAAGCAAGGAGGGUGGGGAAACGAGAUACCUCUGCAGCGCGCACUCCCGUUUCAACGGCUGCUUCUGCAUCGACAAAGACCGCGCAGUCUGGGUACGGGGUCGAGUUCAGCGCCGUUUGGAAGCGGCGGUUGCAUGGCUCGAAGAGGAGCUGCAGCAGAUGGAGGGGCCUGCCACGUCUCUUGCAGAGUCAGCCUCCUGCUUGCCAGUUUGGGAGGCGGCCAACUUCAAAGCGGCGCUGCCCCCCACGAAGCCCAUGAGCCAUGCGCUGCUAGCAAUACUCUUGAUGAUUGGUUGCGUCGAGAGCAACCCGGGGCCCUCAUCAGACGGGGUGGUGGGCAGCGCGGAUUCGGCCUCAGCCUCGUUCCCGCCCCUGUCGCAGUCGCGCCCGACCCCUGUGGGGAGCGGUGGAGGAGAUUGGGACGUGGAGGACGCGAGGAUGGAGGAGAGUGGCGGUCCGAGCAUGGAAGCAGAGUCCCAGGGAGAGGACAUAGAGGACGUGGAAUUCAACCGGGAGGAAGAGUCUUCUGACGAGGAGACUUCGCAGGACCGUGCCUUCAGGAACGAUUCGCCUCAGCCACUGGACCACCCCCCAUUCUGCGAGUACGCUGCAAUGGACGCCGAGCUCUGGCCGUCAGAGACAGAGUCGGGCGUUCAAUUGGGGGGGCCACGCAAGCGGGUCAAGCGCGUAGGGAGCGAACAGAGUGGAGAGUCGCAGCCCCGUCAGCGGCGUCGUCGCCGGGUGAUCUUGUCGGAAGCGGAAGCGGAAGCUGGCGAGUCGGGCUCCGAGGAAGGGGGGCAGUCUGCUACGUCGAGCGAGUGGGGGGACCUUCGUAAUGACGACGACCCUUUCUGGGGCUGGGACGACGAGCGCGAAUCCGAGGAGCUGCGCCAGUACUUCAGCGUUUGCCGCAUCCACCCUCGUUCGGGGCAGGAGCGCAGGGAGUCUCUUGCGCGCCAGGCGGUGCCCCAGCACGGCGAAUCGAUGGCUCCCGUCGCAGCGACAGCGGCCACUUCUGCCGGGCCAUCCGUCCGAGAUGCGUCCAUGUCUGCGGCCACGUCAGCACUUCCUACGCGUGCCAGCCCCCGCGCUGCGGUGCAGGAGACGACGCCCUUUCGCCAGGCGGCCAGCAAGGACAACCAUCAGCUGACGAACUCACCCAGUGAGGACGAAUCUCAGAGCUCGGAAUCGGAAGGAGAGGGCGAGGACAUUGAGGGGGCAGAGUUCGAGAGAGAGGAGGAGUCUUCGGACGAGGAGACCCCCCAAGGGUCCAUGUUCGACGACGCUUCUCAAGACGAAGAGAACCCUGUGGUUCAGCACGGCCGGUACAACGCAGCGAUGGACAUCGACUCCGAAUCAGAAGACUUCCCCCAGCUUCUGAGGCGGAGGUUCAAGCGAGGAGCGCCGGAGGGGGCAACCAACCUUCGUUCCCCUCUUCAAACCAGGCGCCGGGCUCGUGCGAUGCUGGCUUCGUCUGAGUCCUCUUCUGAGGAGGGCAGCCCACCCCGACACCAGAGCCCCGCACGUGUUGAGGACAUGGGGCGCAGAGGGGCUGACCCUCCUGAGUCUGGUGCGGGUGCUGAUCACCCAAUGCCUGAAGCAGCCCCCCAGACCGGUGACAGCGUGCCGCGGUGGCUGUCCAGCGAACCCCCCCCCAGACCCGAGGACGACGGCUGGCUCGAGGGCGACGACCUAGGGCCUGGCGACGUGGACCAGGUCGGGGAGGACUUUGUCACCAAGUGCGUGAUCGUGCCACGUCCGCCGCGGGGCUGCAGCAGUUCUGCUUGCCCGGCCGUUGCCACGAGCGCCGCUGCUGCUUCCGGGCUCUCCGUUUGCGAGCCGUGCGCGCCAGUCGCUGUGCGCCCCUCUGCUCACGCCUCGCGCACGGCUGCUGGUGACCUGCCCCGUUCCCCUCCGCCCUCCCCAACCGGCCAGGCAGGCCCCAGUUCCGCUGCGCGCGUCCCUUGCGCUGAUGCCAGCCCUCGCCCUGCUGCUCAGACCAGUCCCGUCCCCGGGGCCCCUUGCGUCGACCCGUGCCUGGCCACAGCGCACCACUUCCACAGCCUCGGCGUUGUGUCCAUGACCCUCCAGAUCCGGGCUUAUAAGAACAGAAAAGGGGUGGAAAAGAAGAAGCCUAUCGGGCUGAGGCGCGAUUGGGAAAGCAAGUGCGACAUUGGGAAUUGCCUCCAGAGCUGGGUCCAACCACGACAGAAUUGCUUGGCCAUGUCAACGGGGGCUUCGGACAUGUAUGUGGUAGACAUCGACUCUAAAGAUGGCGGUUGCGAGGCCUUUGACGAGAUGCUCGCGGAGCACGGCGCCCUCCCUGCUGACACCCCAUGGGAGUGGACGGGGCAUCGGCCUGGGAAGCACUUCUUCUUUUCCCUUUCUCAGUCGAAAGAGGCGGGCCUGCAGGGGGUUCGCAACAAGGGCGGGGUGUGGUACAAAGGCAAGAAGGUGGGGAUUGACACACGGGGGGAGAGAGGAAUGCUCUUUGUCGCGCCCUCCAGCUACAAGGGCCUGGACGGGACGGUCCGCCAGUACGAGUGGGUCCAAGAGAUUGCCCCCGACCGCUCCAACUUGCGGGCAUUGCCUGGUUGGCUGAUUCAGAUCUUCAAUGCGAGCGAUGCGCAUCCUCCCGCAAGCGCCCCCAGGUCGUCCGAUCGGGUCGCUCGCUGCGCUGUUCGUUUCACAGAAGACGUUGACGAUCCGGUCGAAGUCGCCCACCCUCCCGCAACCGCGCUUCUGAGGCGCAUCGAGGAGAGUGUUGCGGCCACUGGCGAUCUCCGCUCCCGUUUCGACAAGCGCAAGCGCUCCCCUGUUGGCGACAUGUACGUCUUCCGGGUCGCCGGCGAGCGCACGUGCCCAUAUGGGGCGCACCACAGCGGCUCCAACAACUUUUGCGUCCUGGUGCACGGGAAGAAACUCCUGUACCACUGCAGCAGUUCCGAGUGCUGCGACAUCCAGCCCAAGCGCAUGAUUGGGGAGCUCACGCUGCAGGAGAGCAUGCUUGGGCGAGACAGCGCCCUUUGGAGCGGAGGACAUGACUGUCUACGGGAGGCUGACGAAGGUGUUUGUGGACAACUGGGCCUUUCAGGGAGACAAGGGUGGCAGCCGGAUUGUUGCCCAGAUGUAUUCGGACAGCCACAGGCUCUGGCACGAUUCGAAGGACUGGCCUGUUGGACCUACAGGCCCGGCUACAUGUGCACAAAGUUUGACGAUGUUGCCUUCAGGGGACUCGACCUUCCGACCCCCACACUUGACGCUUUUCUGGCGGACAUCUUCAAUGACGAUCGGGGCCUCAUCGACUUCAUGCAGCGGCUCUGGGGAUACGCCAUGAACGGCCGGACGUCGGAGGAGAUCAUCGUCUUUCUUCUCGGCAGCGGCGGUAACGGGAAAGGGGUCUGUAAGCAGAUGCUGGAGACCACGCUUGGCGCUUACUACGGCGUCAUGUCAAAGGACGCCGUGGUAAAGCCCCCUGGACAGCGCGCCCCCUCGAAAGGCGCAGCCACGGGCUACCUGGCCGAAUUGCAGGGCUUGCGGGUUGCCAUCACCGACGAGACCAGCCCGGGCGAGCGCGUGGAUCUCGGACUGGUGCUCACGAUGACCGGCGGCGGCAAGAUCAGUUCCCGGCUGCUUUACCAGAACAACGUUUCGUUCCGAUUCUCCCACACGCCCUUCAUCCAAACGAACUACGAUCCCGAGGUUCCACCCACGCUGGCCAUCCAACCCAACGUCGAGCGCCGCCUGGUCGUGGUCCAAUUUCCGAACGAGUACGUCUCGGACGACAAGUUCGACGAGUCGAACCCCAAGCACAGGCACCUUGACACCGAGCUCAAGGAACGGAUGGAGACGCCUGCCGUUUGUGAGGAGUUCCUUACCUUUUUGGUCAGAGGCAGUUGCGCGUGGUACGCAGAUCCAAGUGUGUUGCGCAGGCACCCACCGGCAGUCCAGGCUGCCAAGAUGGCUUGGUUGCGCCGUGGAGACAAGCUGCAGACGUUUCUGCAGUCAGAGCAUUGCCAAGUGGAUCCGGAGGGGACCCCCGAGGGAGCCCAGUCCGUCGCAUGGGAGGACGACUUUUGGAGGCAGUUCCAAGAGUUCGCAGGGGUCAAGAUGUCCAAGGAAGAGCUGGCUAGGCAAAUGCGCGCAAAGGGCUACAACAGAACGAAGCGAGGCGGGCGCUUCGAUGGCGUGCCACCGUCCCAGCGAAGUUCUUGCUACGUAGGGUUGAAGUGCGAAUACGAGUGAUGAUAUGUAUCUGAGUGUGAGUUAUGGGCAUGGUUAAUUGCGCCGCUACUGGUACUAUAGAGACCGAUUAGUGAUGACAAACAUUCGCAGUUGUUUAUUCACGAGUGCAGAGUUUUUGUACAUAAUGACUGCAAGUUAGUAGCGGCAUUCAUCUAAUCCUGCUAAUGCUUUUUUAAUCCUGAAGGCCCGUC